AUGGUGCGUGUGUGCCAGGAGUUGUGGCCCGAGGGCGCGUGGGAUUUCAACCCCCGCACCUGGGUGCUGCCGGACCAGGCGGAGCAGCUCCGCGAGACGCUGGCGAAGUCCAAGAGGACGUACAUCGUCAAGCCGCAGGACGGGUCGCAGGGCGACGGCAUCUUCCUCGUGCAGGGCGUGCGGGACCUCGACGUCAAGCUGUCCGCCUCGCCCAGCGGCGGCGCCGUGGUUCAGCGGUACCUCGAGCGGCCCCUUCUGCUGGGAGGCACCAAGUUCGAUCUGCGGAUGUACGUGGCGGUAAUCGGGGGCUCCCGCCAGGCCCCGCCGGCCGUGCACCUCUGCCGGGAGGGCCUCGCGCGCUUCUGCACCGAGCGGUACGAGGAGCCCGCGCCUGGUAACAUGCACCGGUGCAUGGCCCACCUGACGAACUACUCGCUGAACAAGCGGAGCGAGAAGUUCGAGCACUGCGGCGGUGCUGUCGAAGACGCCUACGACUCGUCUAGCACCGCGUCGAAGCGACCGCUGACGGUGGCUCUGAGGCAGAUCGAGGCCGAGCACCCCGAAUUUGACACGCUUGCCUUCUACGACAGCGUGGCGACGCUCACGCGCACAGUCGUUUCCGCGAUGGCGCCCGCGAUGCUCGCCUCCUACCGGGGCUGCGGGGCCGACGACGCGGAGAGGAUGCGAUGCUGCCAGCUGCUGGGCUUCGACGUCAUGCUGGACCGAAACUUCCGGCCCCUGCUGCUGGAGAUCAACAACAGCCCCUCACUCUGCAUCGACGAGGCGCUGCCGCUUGUCCCUGGCGACCCGCGCCUGGAAGAGCGCGGCGGCAUUCCCGGCCGGCCCCGCGAGAGGGGCCCGGGCAGGGUCUGCGUGUGCAUGGACAUGGCGCAGCCGCACACGCACCAGACCUCCGCGGUGGACCUGGCCGUGAAGGCCGUGGCGGUGGGAGGCCUGUUCCGGCUGCUGGAGCAGCUGAACUGCGGCGAAGGCUCGCCCGAGGCGUUCCACAGCUCGUCGCUGCGGCGGCUGCUUGCGCCCGCCUGCGGCCACCAGGGCCUCGAGAAGCACGACCUGGACACGCUCAGCCAGCGGUUCCGCUCCACGCGCUUCUCGGGCCGCGAGCUCCACGGCCGGCCCGAGGGCCUCCGCAACGCCCGAUCUUCGACUUCGUGGAGCUGCUGCAGCGGGCGGGCUCGCGCGCGUUCCCGCAGGCGCCGUCGUAGAGCGGCCAGUGGCUCUCCCAGCUGUUGUAGAGGACCUGCGCGUGGGGCGCGGGAGGGGGGUGGCUAG